UAAACGGGUAGGAGAGAAUAUCUUACACGCAUUUCUUUCUUUGCAUAUUACCUAUUAAAUUCUUCCUAAGCAAUGGAUAUACCUAUUCAUGUUGUGUUAUUUUCACCCAAGGUGUGAGUAAGUACUAAAAGUGCCUUGUGUUAGUCACUCUCUGUCUCUCUCCAUCUCUCUCGCAUCAUUGGGACUAUGUAAAUGUGUACUGUGGACGAAACAAAAUUCCUCUGUUCUCUUCUAGUGUUAUUCAGACAAUUUGGAUGCGUCAUACUCUGUAGACAGUUGAUAAGUGGAACAAAGAAUUCACAUUUGUAAAAUAUGAUUUUAUGCAUUGAUACAAACUUUUACAAAUUAAUGGAAUCAGUGGAAAAUUAUCAAUUAAAUCGGUUAGAAGUAUAAAAAGUAUUAAAAAAAAAACCCGCACCAAACAUUUUGUUUAAAAAACAUAAACACUUAUGACAGGAAAUAUCAUGUAUUCAUUUGGGAAUUUAUCUACAGUCUUUUGGAUAUUAGUAAUAAAUGUUGUAUAUAUCAAAUGCCAGUCAGAUCAUUUAUCAUCUUCCAGUCUGAUACAGCUACAUCCAGAAAGUCAAUCAGUUACACUGAAUAGUACAGUCCGUUUACAAUGUCGUGUAAGAAUGUUGACAGAUCCAGACACUGGAACUGGAGUUCAAGUUUACUGGUCUAAAAAUGAUUUCGGUAUUGGUGGUAAUCGUGAAGAUAUUCAAGAAUAUGGACGUAAUUCACGAUAUGAAUACUCUAGAUAUGAUCUACCAUACAAUCUCAAAGAGGGACAGUAUGAUCUGCAAAUUAUGAAUGUAGAAUUAUCAGAUGAAGGAGCUUAUGUCUGCCAGGUGAAUUUUAAGCGCCAACAGUAUUUAAGUCAAACAGCUGUUUUAACAGUUCAAGUUCCCUCCGAAGCUCCACAACUCAUUCAAAUAACAAAUGAAGGAAAAGGUCAGAGGAUAGAAAUUGGACCAUCACGACCUGCAGUUGUCGACGAUGGAAGUAUAAUGGUUCUUGAAUGUAUCGCUCGUCAUGGUAAACCAGGAGCUUUACUCACUUGGUUCAUUGAUGGUGUUCAAGUGAAACUGGAAUCAAAUCCUGACAGUCUACCUGGGUCUUUCAUUUCUGGUUUUUCUGGUAAUUUAACAUUUCAUCUGGAAGCUUCAGCCAAGAUUCCAAGACUAGUGGAUGCAACAAGUAGAAUGACUGCACAUUUGAAUAAAUUACAUCAUGGUAAACUUGUUGAAUGUAGAGCAGAAAACACUGGUUACGAAAUGCAUACACUACGUCCAGCUCAAACAAAAAUUGAAGUUCAUUAUGCACCUGUUGUAAGUAUACAAGUACGGCCUUCACGACCAGACAAUCUAUACAUGGAGCAUGAUAUUAUUACUGUUGAAUGUAAUGCUCAUGGAAGACCAGAUUCUUUUUUCUGGGAAUGGUAUGUAAAUGGACGUCAAGUAGAAAAUAUUGUUGAAUCAUGGUAUCGUCUUCGGUUAACAAGAGAACUACACCAAUCUGUCUUUCGGUGUAUAGCAAUUUCAAAUAAAAAAGGAUCUGCAGAAACAACAAUUAAUGUUAAGUUCGGACCUCAAUUCCAUCAAGCUUCUGCACUAUUAUUCACAGCUUCUCCUGGUGAGGAUGUUUACAUGGAAUGUCCAGCAUUCGGCAAUCCAACACCACAUAUCGAGUGGAGACGUGAAGGCGGUAGAGAAGUUCUUUCACGUAGUGUUUCACUAAAGCGAGAGAAUUUAAGAGAAGAAGACUUUGGAACGUAUAUAUGUACAGCUUUUGUUCCAGAAUUCCCUCCUGUUUCUAAACAAAUGUAUAUAGCCAGACGAAAACCUCCUCGUAUACAACCGAAUCCAAUAGUUCAUGCUCAUUUAGGUCAACCUGCAAGAUUACGUUGCACAGUGAAUUCCGUCCCACUUCCACCUUCUGGUCAAACAAAUUGGUAUUUUAAUGGAAAUCCAAUUCAACCAGAUUCACACCAUAAAUUUGAACAAGAAGAAUUUAUCGGUGGAGUAGUACUUGUACUGCAUAUAGCCCAUGUAAUGAUGAGUGAUUUUGGUCAAUACAAUUGUUCCGUGAGUAAUGAUUAUGGAUCUGACUGGAAAAUAAUACGACUUAAUCAUCAAGAAGACAUCCCAGUUCAAUUUAUUAUUGGUGCAGCGGUCACUAUUGGUAUCCUGUUGAUAGUGGGAUUAAUUUUACUCUGUAUAUGUCGUCAGAGAGUAUGUGGUUUCCGAUAUAAUAAAGGUAACCGAAGUAAACAACCAUCAAGGAAUUCUUUACAAGAUUAUGGUGUCGUUAAUUCAGAUUUUACUGCACGGGCUUGUACACCAAAUAUGCAUUAUCGUCAAGAUCCUUAUCAGUGUUAUUCUACUAAUCCUAGUUUAAAUAAAUCAGUUAAUCGUUAUGCCUUAGAUGCUGUAGAUCAGGGAUCAAUGAAUAUGCAUAAGGAUAGAUCUGAAAACUGCUUUUAUGAAACAUCUAAAGAAGACUUUUGUAACAAUACUUCUAUUCCUGUCGGUGUAUCUGGUGCAUACUGUACAAGUCUACCAUCAUGUCAACUCUUACAGCCUAUGUGUAAUGGAAGUACUUACAUUCCAAGCAUGAAUCAUCGAAUGUUAUCACCUGAUCAUUCAUCUUUCUUAACUGGAUGUCCAACAUUAUUACCAACCUCGGGUUUAAUUCAAACACCACCACCAGAUUUUAUCCCUGAAUCGAUUAAUCUACAAUCUUGUGACCAUAAUAAUAAUAAUAGUUCAAUAAGAAGUAAUCAUAAUCAUAGUAGUAAUAAUAAUUAUCUUUUCUCACCAUCUAAUAACCAUUUACUAGCAAAUCUUCCACAGAUUACAACACUUGAUUUAACCAAUGGUAUACCAGUGCAUACAUCACCGCAUAGAUUAUGCUCUGGUGGCGGUGGUGGUGGUGGUGGUACAGGUUCUCUGAUUAGUGGUCAAAGUUCACUAGAAACUACAUCAUGUACACCUGUAAAUUCACACCUAUCUCGAAGUGCUCAUAAUUCAGUAAUAUCACCUGAUCAACAGUCAAUAGCCACGACGACGACAACAACAACAAAUCGUUCAGAUCAUAUGAUGUCAAUGAAAAAUGACACAUUACCGAAUUCAUCACCUGUAUCUUAUGGAAUGAAUACAUCUAUCCAUGGAAUAGCUUAUUUAAUUAACGAUCAUACAACUAAUGUUUAAACAUAUAAAAAAUAUCUUUGAUGCAUAACAGUUAUAGAAGUUGCUGUGCCUUAGCAUAACCACUACCACCCCCUGCCCUCACGCCUAAUAAUAAUUCCCUGUUAAUAUUGGCUUCCAUUAUUAUUUCUUCUCAAUGCCGCCUAGUCGUAUGUUAAAGUGGUAAAUGUUAACUUCCUUUUUUCUUUCUUUCUUUCUGUUUUAUUGUCCCCUUCUUUUUUUUCACUUCACUUUACAAAGUAUCCCUUUUAAUGUGUAUAAUUGUACUAUGGGUAUAAAGUCUUCCGUCACAUAUACUACACAUAUAAAUAUUGUUUUUAAAAAAAUAUUAAGAAAUGUCCUUUUUCACUGAAUGUAAUCACC